AUGUUCCCGCAUAAAGAUAUUUAUAAGGGUACAUGGAAGGCACCAAAUGGUAGUUAUGUCAGUCAGAUAGACCAUGUUCUGAUAAAUACUAGGUUCAAAAAUUGUAUACAUGAUGUUAAAACCGUAAGAGGUGCUGACUGUGACUCAGACCAUUAUCUAGUUAAAGGAAAGCUGAAAGUUAAGCUCAAGAAACUAGUACAUAGUAAAGGAACAUUAGUGGAUAGAUUUGAUGUGAAUAAGUUAAAGAACAUUAAUAUAUGUGAACUUUUCAAGCAGCAAUUACAUGAAACAAUGAACAGCUUAAGCUUAAACAUAAAUCAAGAAGAGACAAUUGAUACCAAAUGGAAAAUGUUAAAGGAUACUAAAAACGGUUACAGACAUGGUAAUAGGAAAACAAAAGAGAACAAGGAAACCGUGGUUCAACAACUCCUGUAA